AUGGCACUCAAGCAGCGCUUUGACGAAGCGUAUUGCGCCAAGCGCGGUCACGUCUACUGUGACAGCUUCCCGAUGCGCGCCGUCCUCCGGUUCGGGCUCAUCAAUGCGACGUACAGCACAAGCAGCCGGAUUGCGAGCGCCUCGCUUCACGCAACCUUCUUUGACGUCCCGAUGACCAACUCGUCAACGCUGACCGAUUUUUGCGGCCACGUGACGUCAAUUGUGUUGGCGGCCGAGCCAACUUUGAGCGCGCUCUGCGAAGGCUGCCAACGGACGCGCGAGACGUCUGCGCUUGGCGACUGGAUCGACGACAACUGCGUACGCAAUACGUGGGUCGAUGGUCUCUCGACGUUUUGCAUCUUUUACCGCAGUCAAAAGAUCUACCCGGAGCUGAGCCCCGCGUGCCGGUACGCUAUGAUGAAGCCGAGAUUCGACACGACGUUCGCGGACGUAUGCUACCACACGACCUUUCCCGCCAAGGUCCAACGUGAUGCGAAUGCGCUGGCGGCCACGGCGGUGGCGCUGGGCGUGGUGAGCUUCGUCCUUGCCUCGGUGCUCUGUUUCCUCCAAUGUUCUCGGGACUCGGUCGACGAAGAAGACGAUUUGAUUGGAGAUGUUGUGCCAUGA